CUUUUUGUGGACCCGAAAUUUUCAAAAAACUGCUUACACUUUUUUCAUUUUAUCUCGUUAAACUCUAGUUUGAUUCUUUUUCUUAAAGACGCAUUUGAUGGGUUUUCCAAAAACUACCUUAAAUCGCUAUAUUUCCCCCUCUUUCAUCAACGCGAGCCUAUCAGACCCCUCUUGUAAAAUACUCGCAAUUACGCACUAUCAGCUGUGUUAUAAACCAGAGAGGACUUUGGAAUGUUUUUUGUGUGACAUCCUACGUUUAAGAUGUCUUCAAGGGAAAUGAUCCUCACCCUAAAGGACGGAGUGCGAGUGAUUCGUAUCAACAGACCCAAAACAAAAAAUGCAUUUGAUUCAAACGUUUACACAACAAUCACCAACACAUUAACCGAAGACGCCCAAAACGACAAUGUGGUGGUGACUAUCAUCACCGGUACAGGCGAAUAUUACAGCAGCGGUUUUGAUAUUAAAAGUGCCAUGAGCAAAUUCGGAAGCGGCGAAGAAAAAGGAGUAGACGAGCUAAAAGCCAUGAUAAAUGCGUUCAUAAUUUAUCCCAAACUCUUAAUCGCACUAAUCAAUGGACCUGCUAUUGGCAUUGCCGUUACCACUGCUGCCCUGUGCGACAUUGUGUACGCCUCUGAAAGGGCAACUUUUGAGACACCGUUCCUCAGAAUUGGACUGUGUGCUGAGGGAUGUUCUAGCUACAAUUUUCCGAAUAUUCUGGGAAGAAGUAAAGCCUCGGAAAUGCUGUUUCUGGGGAAAAAGAUGAAAGCACAUGAAGCUUAUCAGUUUGGGUUUGUUGCUGAAGUUAUUCCUCAUGAAAAACUUGACGAGUUUAGAAAUAAACUGUUGAAGCUGGGCAAAGAAUUAUCAGUAAAUGGUGUUAAAAUCACCAAAAAGUUGAUUCUUAAUAAUUACAAGAAUGUGUUGUGUGAAUGUAACGAAAGAGAGUUGAAUCAGUUGGUUGAAUGUUUUGUUUCAGAGGAGUUUUCCGAGGGUAUUAUGAAAUUUAUGUCUAGGAAAAGUAAACUCUGAGCAUUUUGUAGUUUUUACACGUAACUUGUUAAUAAAAUUGUUGGAAUAAGAA